AUGCAUGAUCUUCACAAGGACGGAGAUCUUCUCUUGAUCCGUUGCCCUAUCCAGAUUAUUCAGGAAGAACCGGAGUGGAUAUGGGGUCACGAAAAACGCGUUUAUGACAGCCCUCCAGGGCAGGCGUACUUACGGUGGAUGAAGAGUGUUGGGCAUACCUACCGCAUUCGUGCUGCCCUUGGUGCCCCUGACGUUCUUGUUCUGGGCGAUCCGCUCGCCAUUUCUUAUAUUCUCCAAGAGAAAAUUUACGACUACCGGCGCAAACCGUUAAAGACAUGGAAGGCGAAAUAUUUCAAGCGACGUCUACGGCUAGUCUCAAUAGUCUAUGGUUACCUGACUAUCGUUAACGUUUUGGAUCAGGUCUUAGAUGAUCUUUCACAAGCAGUCGAGGACUCGGACGGUGAAAUUGGCGUAAACAUAUUGUCAUGGACAAAUCGAAUGACCCUGAAUUCCAUUGGACGCGUCGCAUUCUUGUACGAUUUCGAAGCCGGGAAGAGCCGCGAGGCACAGCUUAUAUUGGACACAAGGCGGAAGUCGCUAACCGGUAUUGCUCGAUACGCCUCGUUCUUAACUCUGAUGAUGCUCAGGCGGUUCCCUGCUCUCAAUAGCCUUCCUGUACCCGCCCUUCAGGCGCAAAGCCUAGUCACGACAACCAUAAAGUCUGUCGUGGCCAAGGAGAUCAUAGCGAGAGGUUCUUCAACAUCUGAUCUCCGAACUCGAGGCAAGGACCUGCUAAGCAGACUCUUGGUAGCCCAUGAUGAGCAGCACCUUUCAGUCGAGGAACUACAUGAGCACAUAUCGACAUUUUUAGUUUCUGGACAGGAAACUACGAGCCAAACGGUCGCGUUCUCCAUCUUCGAGCUUUCCCGUCACCCAGAGAUCCAACAGCGUCUCAGAGAAGAGUUGGACACAUCUUACCCAUCUUCUACAGGCACGCCGCAGUCACAGCUACCUUAUCUGGAUGCCGUGCUUAAGGAAACACUAAGGAUGUAUCCUGCCCUUCCGUACAUGGAACGUGUCGCAACUAAAUCUGAUAGAAUUCCGCUUCAAACGCCCAUCAGUCACGGUGGAGAUCAGGCGCUACGGGACAUUCGUGUUGAAAAGGGUCAGACCGUCAUCAUCCCAAUCAUAUCUCUUCACCGCUCUGAUGCUAUCUGGGGCGAUGGAAGUGUCUUUCGUCCCGAACGAUGGCUUGAAGCUUUACCUCAUGAGGCACAGCGUCUUCCAGGGUGGUCCAACUUACUUGCAUUCAGUGAUGGACCCAGAGCAUGCCCUGGAAUGCGAAUGGCUGUUUUAAGCGAUAUUUGGGUCAAAGAAAGUAAUAACUCAGAAGUAGUUCUCAGGAUUUCGUCAAGUUUGCAGCCUUGGGUGAUUGAUGAUUCGGACCAAGGUCCGCAAGUGCCUGUAACGCUGCACAUGCGGUAA